AUGUACCCGCCGGACGAAGAAAAAACUGCGUUCAUCACUGACUCAGCCAAUUUCUGUUACAAGGUCAUGCCUUUCGGCUUGAGAAAUGCUGGCGCCACUUACCAAAGACUCAUGGACAAGAUUUUCCGGCAUCAAAUAGGGAACUGUCUGGAGGUCUAUGUGGACGAUAUGGUGAUCAAGUCCAACUCCGCCGCCAACCAUUUGGAAGACCUCCACUCGAUUUUUGACGAGGUGAGGCGACACAGCAUGCGAUUGAACCCGGCUAAAUGCACCUUCGGAGUAGCCGGCGGGAAGUUUCUAGGCUUCAUGUUGUCGAAGAGGGGCAUAGAGGCCAACCCCGAUAAGUGUCAAGCAAUUAUCAACAUGCAAAGUCCUCGCAAUGUAAAGGAAGUACAGCGCUUGGCCGGACGCAUAGCCUCUCUGGCCCGUUUUCUCCCUUGCAUGGCCGAGAAGUCAAGACCUAUAAUGUCGCUAUUGAAAAAUGCCACCAAAUUUCAAUGGAACGAGGAAUGCGAGACAGCUUUUCAGAGUUUCAAGACGACGCUCAUGACUCCACCGCUGUUAAGCAAGCCAGACCCUUGUUUAGACAUGAUAGUCUACAUAUCGGUGUCGGACAAGGCUAUCAGCGCUGUACUGGUCCAAGAAACGACGGAGCAAAUGCCGGUGUAUUUCAUCAGCCGAGUCCUACAAGACGCCGAGACGAGAUACCAGCAUCUGGAAAAGACAGUCCUAGCCCUUGUACACACUGCCAGGCGCCUUCAACACUAUUUUCAGAGCCAUCGGGUGCUCGUCCGAACGGACAGUCCAAUAACUAAGGUCCUGCGAAAGCCGGAGUUGGCGGGACGAAUGGUUGCUUGGUCCGUAGAAUUGUCCCAGUUUGAUAUUCGCUUCGAGCCCAGAGGACCCAUCAAGGCACAAAGCUUGGCCGACUUCUUGAAUGAAUUCACACCCCAAGCGCUCCCCGUUUCCCAUCUUUGGACCCUGCAUGUAGACGGGUCGUCAAACCAACAAGGCAGUGGUGCCGGCAUUAUUUUAGAAGGUCCCAACAAGGUAGUAAUCGAACAGUCACUCCGCUUCGAUUUCAAGGCAUCCAAUAAUCAAGCCGAAUAUGAGGCCCUUCUGGCAGGCCUAAGGUUGGCCAAAGACUUGGGCAUCCCCAGAGUACAAUGUUUCGAGGAUAUACAGAUCAAACACACGCCUCGAGAACUCAAUAUGAAAGCCGAUCAGUUGGCCAGGCUAGCUAGUAGCAAGAAGGUUAGCCAUUUGUGCAGCAUGAUACAACAAGAAUUGCCACAACCAAGUAUCGUACAGACCGAAUGCUUGCAAGUUCAGCAAGAAACACCCAAUUGGAUGACCGGAAUAAUAGAGUACUUGGUAACCGGAUCGUUGCCUAUUAAUCCAUUGGAGGCGAAAAAGAUGAGAACCAUUGCGGCUCGAUACACACUGAUCGCGGGAGAAUUAUACAAACGGGGUUUCUCGUCACCUUUGUUGAAAUGUUUGGCGCCAGAUCAAGCACAAUAUGUAAUCCGGGAAAUACAUGAAGGCAUAUGCGGAACCCACUCAGGAGGCCGAACUCUCGCAACCAAAGUCGUCCGGGCAGGAUAUUAUUGGCCAACUCUUGUGGCGGAUUGCUCGAAGUUCGUUCAACAAUGCAAUCCAUGUCAGCAACACGGGCCGUUGAUGCACCAACCCCCCGAGGGGCUACACUCCAUUGCCGCCCCCUGGCCAUUCUCUAUCUGGGGGAUGGACAUUUUGGGACCUUUCCGGCCAGCAAAAGGCCAAGUCAAGUUUCUCCUUGUGGCCGUUGACCAUUUCACCAAAUGGAUCGAAGCAGAGGCAGUGGCUACAAUCACGGCUAACCACGUUCAGAAAUUCUUUUGGAAGAAUGUUAUUACCCGUUUCGGAAUCCCGUAUGCUUUGAUCACGGAUAAUGGUUUGCAAUUCACUGACCGCCGUUUCAACGAGUUUUUGGCCGGGUUAGGGAUUAAACACAAAAUGACCUCGGUAGAGCACCCCCAAACCAACGGACAAGCCGAAGCGGCAAACAAGGUUAUCCUUAAAGAGCUGAAGCGACGCCUCGGGCAAGCUAAAGGGACAUGGCCCGAGCACUUGCCAGAAAUCUUAUGGGCUUACCGUUGCACUCCGCAAAGUUCAACCAAAGAGACCCCUUUUCGGCUAACUUAUGGCACAGAUGCCAUGAUUCCGGUGGAAGUAGGAGAGCCUUCCUUGAGGCGAACACUAUUCAAUGAACAAACCAAUGAUGAAGCACUGAGCGUCGAAUCGGAUUUGGUUCAGGAGGCGCGUGACCAAGCCCUUAUCAACAUGGAGGCUUGCCGAACCCGAUUACUCCGAAAGCAUCAAUCGAAGGUCAAACCGCGAGGUUUCCAACCCGGUGACCUGGUCUGGCGGGUCACGGGAGAAGCAAGAAGGGACAAGGUUCAAGGGAAGUUGGCACCCAACUGGGAUGGCCCCUACCGUAUAAUGCACAACUUGCAGAACGGAGCGUACAAACUGGAAGAACUCACAGGAAAAGCCAUCCCUCGGACAUGGAACGCGACACAUUUAAAGCACUAUUUUAGUUAA